AUGAUACAAGAAAUUACUGAGGAUAUGCUGUGGUCCUUAUAUCGGGGAAAGCCAAGAAUACAGCGUAGUAUAUGGCACAACCCUUUGGGGACGGACCAUGUUGCUAUGCUGGCUGUUCCGCCUACGAAGAAGAACCUCUUGAUUCUCUGGAAAAAGGACAGCCUCUCUGCUGUCACUUCCUUUGCUGUCUCCACGGCGGUGUCUUCGGCUGCGUCCGCUGAGAGCUUCGCUUCUGCCUCGACUGCAAGCUCGAUGUCUGGCAAUGGCUUAGCACUGAUGGCUUCCACUUCAGGAGAUUCAGGUUCUCUUGCUACAGGUGCUGCCUCUGCUUCAGCUGUGCUGCCUCUACUUCUGCUUUCAGCCUCUGCUUCAGCUGUUAGUCCAAUCUCUGCUUCUGCUGUCAGUCCAGCCUCUGCUUCUGCUCCUCUGCCUCUACUGCUAGUCCAGCCUCUGCUUCUGCUUUCAGCCUCUGCUUCUGCUCUUAGUGAUGCCUCUGUUUCUGCUGUUAUUGCUGCCUCUGCUUCUGCUGUUAGUCCAGCCUUUGGUUCUGCUGUUAGUGCUGCCUCUGCUUCUGCUCUUAGUCCAGCCUCUGUUUCUGCUGUUAGUGCUGCCUCUGCUUCUGCUGUGGUGCCUCUGCUUCUACUGAUGGUGCAGCCUCUGCUUCAGCUCUGUUGGUGCUGCCUCUGUUUGCUGUUGGUGCUGUCCUCUGCUUCUGCUGUGGUGUGCUGCCUCUGCUUUGCUGUUGGUGCUGCUAUGCUUCUGCUACAGGUGGUGCCUCUGCCUCUACUGUUGGUUGCUGCCUCUGCUUUGCUGUUGGUGCUGUCUCUGUUCUGCUGUGGUGCUGACUCUGCUUCUGCUGUUGGUGGUGCCUCUGCUUCUGUACAGGUGCUGCCUCUGCUUCUGUUUCCAGCCUAUGCUUCUGAUGUUAGUCCAGCCUCUAAUUAUGCUGUUAGUCCAGCCUAUGCUUCUGAUCCUAUGCUUAUGCUGUUAGUACAGCCUCUGCUUCUGCUCCAGCCUCUACUUCUGCUGUUGUGUGCUGCCUCUGCUUUUGUUGUUAGUCCAGCUCUAAUUCUGCUGUUGUGCUGCUCUGCUUCUGCUGUGGUGUGCCUCUGCUUCUGUGUGGUGCUGCCUCUGUCUGCUGUUGGUGCUGUCUCUGCUUAUGCUGUGGUGCUGCCUCUGCUUCUGUGUGGUGCUGCCUCUGCGUCUGCUGUUGGUGCUGCCUAUGCUUCUGCUGUGGUGUGCCUCUGCUUCUGCUGUGUCCAGACUCUGCCUCUGCUUCCAGCCUAUGCUUCUGAUGUUAGUCCAGCCUCUAAUUAUGCUGUUAGUCCAGCCUAUGCUUCUGAUUCCAGCUUCUGCUGUUGGUGUGCCUCUGCUUCUGUGUUGGUGCUGCCUCUGUCUGCUGUUGGUGCUGUCUCUGCUUAUGCUGUUGUGCUGCCUCUGCUCUGCUGUGGUGCUGUCUCUGCUUCUGCUGUGGUGCUGCCUCUGCUCUGCUGUGGUGCUGCAUCUGCUUCAGCUGUUAGUCCAGCCUCUAUUCUGCUGUGUCCAGCCUAUGCUUAUGCUGUUAGUACAGCCUCUGCUUCUGAUACAGGUGCUGCCUCUGCUUUUGUUGUUAGUCCAGCCUAUGCUUCUGCUGUUGGGCUGCCUCUGCUUCUGCGGUGCUGCUCUGCUUAUGCUGUUAGUCCAAGCCUCUGCUUCAGCUGUAGUCCAGCCUCUGAUUCUGCUACAGGUGCUGCCUAUGCUUCUGCUACAGGUGGUGCCUCUGCUUCUGAUACAGGUGCUGCCUCUAAUUCUGCUGUUGGUGGUGCCUCUGCUUCUGUGUUAGUCAGCCUCUACUUCUGCUUUGGUGCUGCCUCUGAUUCUGCUACAGGUGGUGCCUCUGCUUCAGCUGUUAUCCAGCCUCUGCUUCUGCUGAUAGUGCUGCCUCUUGCUUCUGCUGUUAGUCCAGCUUCUGCUGUUAGUCCAGCCUCUAUUCUGCUGUUAGUCCCAGCCUCUGCUUCAGCUGUUAGUCCAGCCUCUAAUUAUGCUGUUAGUCCAGACUCUGCCUCUGCUGUUAGUCCAAGCCUCUGCUUCAGCUGUAGUCCAGCCUCUAAUUAUGCUUCCAGCUCUGCUUCAGCUGUUAGUCAGCCUCUACUUCUGAUGUUGGUGCUGCCUCUGCUUAUGCUGUAG